AUGUGCAACUUCUACCUCAUGGAACCGCUCUGUGGUCACACCACCCUCCUCGCAGGAUCCCACUGCUACCUCCUCUACCACCAACUACAGCGCAUUAACGACCCAGCCGAGCUCGCACGGCCAGGGCUCCCCUUCGAUAUGCCGGAGCAAUGUGUGCCUAACCGGAUGAACGUUCGUCGCAGGCCAAUCCACGAUUAUUGUAGCUUUGAGUGUCGUAACAAUGGGCAUUUUGGCGUGAGAUAUGGGACGAGAGAUGCGAAUUAUGGGCCGGGGAGUGAGAGGAUUGGCGUGGGUUGGAGGUAUUGA